AUGGAGUACGUGAACUACAUGGCGCUGUUGGGUGAUGAAAUGGUGAACAUGUGCAAUGCCCUUGUCCUCUCUGUGUUGGCCAUCGCCUUCCUCCAGCUCCUCAAACAGCUGAGGGCGCCGCCCCUCCCGCCGGGCCCGCGCAACCUCCCCGUCGUGGGGAGCGCGCACCGGCUGGUGAACACGCUGGCGCACCGCGCGCUCCGUGACCUGGCCGACGUGCACGGCCCGCUCAUGUACCUCCGCGUCGGCCAGGUGCCGGUGGUGGUGGUCACCUCCAGGGAGGUCGCCCGGGACGUCCUCAAGACCCACGACGCCAACUUCGCGACGCGGCCCAAGCUCAUCGCCGGCGGCAUCGUCGCCUACGACUGGAGCGACAUCCUCUUCUCCCCCUCCGGAGACUACUGGCGCAAGCUCCGCAGGCUGUGCAUCCAGGAGAUCCUCAGCGCCAAGCGCAUCCUCUCCUUCGAGCACAUCAGGGAGGACGAGGUGCGGAUGCUCGCGGAGGAGAUCCGCGCCGCCGGGCCGUCGGUGGCCGUCGACCUCAGCGCCAGGCUGCACCGGAUAACCAACAGCAUCGUCUCGAGGGCGGCGUUCGGCAAGAAGAGGAGCAACGCCGGGGAGUUCCUCGUCGCCAUCAAGCAGAGCGUCGUCAUGUCGUCGGGCUUCGACGUGGCGGACCUCUUCCCGAGGUUCGGCGGGGUCCUAUGCUGGGUGACCGGCAUGCGCCGCAAGCUGCACGCCAUCCGCGACACCAUCGACAGCAUCCUGGAGGAGAUCAUCAGCGAGAGGGAGGAGGAGCGGAGGUCUUCCACUUCCACUGCGCCCGUGGAGGAUCGGGACAGCAAUAAUAAUCUGGUGGACGUGCUGCUCACCCUCCAGGACAAGCUCGACUUUGGCUUCCCCAUCACCCGCCACACCAUCAAGGCCAUCGUACUGGACGUAUUUGCUGGUGGAUCUGGGACAUCCGGUAGUGCCAUGGAGUGGGCGAUGUCAGAGCUGAUGAUGAACCCUAGGGUGAUGAAGAAGGUGCAAUCGGAGAUCAGGGAAGCAUUCCGCGGGAAGCAAAACAUCAGUGAGGCUGACCUCCGGGCUAGUGAUCUCAAAUACCUCAAGUUAGUUAUGAAGGAGACACUGAGGUUGCACCCUCCGGCUCCACUAUUAGUGCCGCGCGAGAGCAUCGAGGCAUGUGAGAUCAAUGGAUAUAUGGUCCCAGCGAGGUCAAGAGUGAUAGUGAACUCUUGGGCCAUUUCAAGAGACCCAAGGUACUGGAAGGAUGCGGAGGAGUUUAAGCUAGAGAGAUUCACAGAGGGAAGCAUCGACUUCUACGGAAAUAAUUAUGAGUACACUCCUUUUGGGUCAGGGCGAAGGAUGUGCCCGGGCUAUAACUAUGGCCUAGCUAGCAUGGAGCUCACUUUGGCGCAGCUGCUGCACUCGUUCGAUUGGAACCUACCAGAUGGAAUUACCGAGGUUGACAUGGUUGAGGCUCCGGGGUUGGGCGUGCGCAGGAAGACGCCACUACUUCUGUGUGCCACCCCUAUAUAUGCUUAG